CCCAACGGUUCUUUUUAACUCACAUCAUACACGAGUUUGUGGGUUCAAAACCCAUAACUCACACUUUUUUCUUUUUGUUUCUACAUUACUCAUUAGUCAUUACUGCUUUAGUGCUUCCUCAUAAGUGAACGACAAAAUACUAGAACAACUUCCUCAUUUCCUUAAAUUGUAAGACCCAAACUCUCCUAAAUCCCCAUCCGCCGCCGCCGUUGAGUUCACCGGUACACAAUCCCGCAGUCCCGCAGGCCGCAGGCGACGCUUCAUCAAGUGUUCUACCUCCAUGGCUCCGUGCUCAGGAAGUUGGAUAUGGAUGCUGAGAAAUUGAUACAAAAAUACCGACAUGUUUCAAGGGAAGAAAUAGAGGGGAUAAGAAAAAGAAAUGAACACGAGGGGUUGAGUGAUUCCAUUGUAGAGUCUACCGUAGACAUCCUUAAUAGCUUGAGAGAGUAUGAAAAGAUAAACGGAAAAGAAUCUGUUCUGGUUGGCCCUCUAAUUCAUUUGUUGUCGGUCAAGUUUCUACCUAAUAGCUUGCAAGAUACACCCCCCAACAUCUCUGGUAGGAUAUACACUGUGUUUGGUGAUUUUGAAGUUGUUGGAUUAGAUGGCAAUGGCUUUUUGAAACUUAGCGACCGACAAUCAUCUUGGCCUUUGACGUGUAUGCCUUAUCAUUGUACCCGUUUUGUGGUUGAUCUUGCUAUGGGGGGCAAGACUUUAGGUAAGAGAUACAUUUCCUGUGCUGAGGAUACAACUGAUUUUGAACAAGUCGAAGAGAAAGUUGUUGUUACUGAUAUUGGCGAUUUCAGUUUGCGCUACAUUGCCAUGACGUUUGCUAUUUAUGAUCGUGUGCAAGUGACCUUUCAUCACAAGCACGAUUGUAAGUUAGAGGGUGCAAAUCACAGUUUCCUUGACAUCAAGGGAAAAAUCAUUGCAAGUUAUGGCGGCAACACUUGCAAUUCAGAAGCCUGUAUUCUCUUUGAUAAAGAAUCUGAUGAGUUUCAACGACUUGAUUUUAAGAAACAGGUGUAUCCUCUAGAAAGUGUUGACAUGAAUUUGUCUCGAUGUUGGGUUGGUUUACCGGCAUAUUCAUCGAUUAUUCUUGAUGUAAAUCUAAUGGAACACGGAUCGGGUCACAAACUUGUUAAAGAAAUCUUGGAAUUUCAUGCUGGAAACAAAUAUUUUUCAUAUAAAUCCUUUAUUGUUGGUGACAUCGUCAUCAAAGUUGGUGUGUUAUGGAAUUCACCAAUGCAAAAUGACAAGGAGCGUGAUAUAAUGUCUGAAGAUGAGUCUUCUGAGGAGCAUAUGUGUGCACAAGGGACACUUGAAGACGAUGGUGAUGAUGAGCAAAUGAUUGAGUCUGGUGUAGCCGAAGCAUCAUCAAAACUCACGCGCCCUUGGCUUCAGACAACCACUGCAGGUUCAAGCACAGUGUUGUCAUGUUGUGGUUCCGUUGCACAAUCUCUCAAGCCUUUCCAUAGCACCUAUGAUGGUAAGAAGAAAGGCAAAGAAUCUGUAUGACAUCAAAAAACCCUGCUGGUAAGCUCCUUUGAUAUCGUUCUAAGCUUUCGUGCUGCUCGGUGUGUCAUCAAGUUUUGAGUAUGAUAUUUAACACAUGCUUCUCAGCCAUGCUUUCUUUAGUAACAUAGAUUAAAUAUAUGUGUGUGUGUAUCUUUUUAAGUAAUUAUGCAUAUUAUUAGAACGGCCGUCUCCUGUAUGCCUGAUUAGAGCUGCCCCUGUAGAAAAGAGACAGUAUAAGAAAUCUGCAUGUGCUGUUAAGUAGAGCAUUGAUAUUGGAUUGAAAAAAUUUUAGUGACUGGCUGUCUAGCUUUUUAUACUGCAAUCUGGGGGCUGAAUUUAUUUCCCUGCUGAUAAUUAAUCAAGUUUGCUCAGCCAAGUAUUUGUAAUUGUAUUGUUAUUGGUUGUUGUGUUCUUGCUAAUUUUCAGAGUUUUGAAGUAUACAUUUUGAGCGUUAAAAUUACACUAGAAGUUUGUUCAAGAGCAACAAUUGACGGGAGAAAUAAACUUAACAUACAUUAAUUUGCAUUGUUAGCUAUCUAUGAUGCGAACAUGUAGUCACCGAAGCACGACAUCGAAGAUGAAAAACAAGUCUACACUAGAUAGGUUGAAGAUGAAAGACUAUGCUUAUACUGGCUGAUUGUGUUUUAGAAACUUGAAAAUUUCGGUUCUUUUAUGGUUGUUCUUUCUUUGCUGUUAGAUAAGACCAUUCUAUCUUUCUAUAUCAAUAAGUUUCUUCCUUGAUUCAUUUAUUCUUAUGAUUCCUCGGAUUAAAAUGAUACAUUAUCUGUAAGCUUGUCGCCACAUCUCUCAAUCACAAUUGUCUAAGCCCUAAGUAUUGUUCUUCAUAUCACUAGAAGUAUUAUUGUCUGUUCUAUUUCAGUCACCUGAAUGUAAGAUCAGUAUAAUUGCGACUUCACAUUAAUGUUAGUAAGUAACUAGGUAAAUCUGAUCAUUUUGCUGUUAAUCUGUGCUCAGUUAUCCGAUUCUAUCAAUUCUUGCAAUGCAUGGGAUUAAUAUAUUAUAUUCAUUAAUCGGUGUUUUCCUUUUGAGUAGUUGAAGCACGCCCUGUCCCAAGUGAAGCGAUUCAGAUUUUAAAAAUUAUACAAUUAAUAGCUUAAUGAAACUUAUUAUGUAAAAAGAGCUAUAAUAGAUAAUUUUAUGACAAGGUUAUAUACUACUGUCAAUAAUAAGAUUUAUAAUUGUAAUUUAUAUUAAUAUUUGAAAGCGCAAGCCUCAAAGAGGUUCAACAAAGAAAAAAAAUGAAAAUUAUAAUGCAAAGAAAUUGUAAUUUAUAUUAAUAUUUAUAAUGAAGAUUAUAAUUAAGAACAGAACAACGAUUUUUGAAACCAAGUAAAGAGCGUAGAGAGGGGGGAGAGACUUGAAAAAGACUGACUUUGAAAAGAAAGAAAAAAAAAUGGACCGGUUAAUUUAUUUUUUCACUGGUUUAGUAUUCUUUAUUUUUAUCCCUUAGAUCUUAAUAAGAUCAAUGGCUAUAAAUGCUUCUCACCCUUUCUCAUUUUGAGACCCCUUCUCUAUGGAACCCUC